AUGGCGGCAGCACACUCCAAAAAUGGAAAAAGCCGUAAGUAUGCAUUCAGAAGAGCUGCCGUGGCGUGUGCACAGUGCCGAAAAGCCAAGACCAGGUGUAACUACUUGAGCAAUGGAAAUUUGUGCUUCAGAUGUGCGAAUCUGGGGUUGGAAUGUUCCUUGAGCAACAUGAAAAUUUCCUCGCGUUCGUUUGCCAAGUCAAACGUUCUGUUGCAGCCUGCCACUACCAUUGCAACCCCCGCCAGUGGCAUGAGACCAAUUGGUGGUGGGACGACGUUGCAGACGCAUAAUGGAAUUCCUCAGAGUAUUCAGCCAGCUGGUAUCAAUCCGGGAGAUCCGCGUUUCGGUGAUGAUACCCGGCAAAAAAUUGAUGAAAUACAUCGUGGUGUGAUGGCUCUGUUAGGGCGGUACAGGGGUACUGCUGGCGGAGUGGGCUCGGGUGCACUACUGACACCAACUGCACUUUCUGGUGCUCUUCCGAGUGCUUUGCCUGGUACCCCAAUUUACUCCCAGCCGUACUACGAUUUCAACGCCAACAGGCAGGGGAGUAUGAUAUACAACGGAGCAUCUCUGGCUGCCGGUAACAUAAUCGGCUCGAGAAGCUUUCAUUCAAUGGGUGGAGCAGCAAUGGCUGGAGCACAGCCUGCCUUGCCUUCUCCUCCCGGUAUUGCCGGGACUAGUAUCGGUACGUCUUCUACGGAUAGUGCAGUAGCAGCAGCAGCCUCCGCGUCUCCAUCGCUUGCUGGAAUUCUUAAUACAGAAGCACCCGUUGCUGCUGUUUCUCAGGCUAAUCCUUACACCACUAUGUAUGGGGCUGGGGCCUCUGUAAGCGGUAGCAACACCUCUGCACCACAGGCUGCAGCUGGUGCAGCUUCCGGUGGCAGUGUUAACAUUAACCCGCGUCUCGACACCCUUUUUUUCAAUGUGACUCCCUUCAGAGACAUCCGCUCGGUGUCUUCGUUCUUUGGAAUGAACUUCAGUAAGGAACUAGCCUACAACUUGGUGCUGGACGAGAGCUCUGAGCAGGAUCAGUACAAGCACGAUAUAAUCAAGCUUGGAAUUCUAACUUACGAUGAGGCGUUGAAACUAUUUGAAUUAUUCAACAAGUACUAUGGUCAUUGGACAUCUUUCCCGCAGACUGAAACCCCGAAGGACCUCCUUGAUUCAAUUAGGCAGGACAGCUCUUUAUUGCUUGCUGUUUGCUGUAUUAUGGGUCUUAUUCACUACGAUAAAGUUACGGUCAAAAGCGAGAAUUCUCAAGGUUCUGAAAGUAACCUCGAUUCGCGUGGCGAGUUACCUUGGUUAAUUUUACAGCAAAUUGAGGCCUUGCUUGCAGAUACAGUCGGUAAGAUCCCCCAGAGCAAGCAAAUGCUCCAGGCAAUGGUUAUGAUUUCUGCGUUCGCCAUGUCCCUUUCAUACAAAAGUGUCUAUUUUGACGGCUGGUACAUGUCUGGCUACGCUUUGUUGCACUUCAUUACCCGAGAGAUGGAUCUAAAUCUAUUGUCCGACCGGUUCAAGUCUCACCCUGACCGUGUUAAUAACUUUCGGCUUUGGAAUCACUUGGCAGUGACUCAUCUCACGUUCUGUAUUCUCUCUGGACGUCCGUGCCUUAUUGAUACGCUCAGAAUGGACCAGUGCCGUGAAAUCUUGCGGAUCUCGUCUUCCACUGCUUUUGACGGUAAGAUCGUGGCAGAGUUAUCAAUUCUUCUAUCCUUGUAUAAUUGUCUCCAGUUUGAGGAGCCUGUUGAGACCUCUAUAAAAGAGCUUGAAUCAGCAUACGAUGACUGGCGAUAUUUGUGUGAGCAGCCUCCGCUAGGGUCGUUUAUCAGUAUAUGUUACCAUUUCGCACGGAUGAUGAUAUAUCGGCGGAGUUUUCUGCGAGAUUUCGGCAAGGAUAAGGGCUUUAUAUACCAUAGCCCGCUUAUGUUCAACGGGGAGUUUCCCCAACAGGGAAAGGAUGAUAGUGAGGAUGAUGACUCGGAUAUGGAUGCUGCAACUUCGGGCUCUGGAAGAACUUCUGGGGAUGUCAUCUCUCCUGCAAGUGUGGUAAGUGAUUCUUCGGCAGCAAGACGAGCAAAUGAACGAAGAAGACUGUAUGAGACGAAAGUUCGUCCGGUCGUGGAUCCAAUGAUCGACGAAUGUAUAGAGGUCAUUAAUUUGGCUUAUAACUCAGACAAAAUUGAGCUCGUUAAGUCGAGCGAUACAAUCAAAUUCGAGAUAUUUUUCUCAACUGUCGUUAUGAUUAACAUGGUUCGUAUGGGAUUUAGUGCUGCACCGGCUGUUCCCAAGGAGCGCCGCAAGCAAAUCUCGCAGGCAAUCGAUAAGUGCAAAGAUGUGUGUCGCUGGCUCGACUCUCAUAACCACUACUACAAUGAUUUUGUACGGAGCUACUAUGUUCUUAUCAACAAGUUCAGCAAGAACAUUCAUGAGCAGGAGGUUUGA